AUGACCACCUACACCACCGCCCUCGUCUCGUCCAACCUCUUCGGCGACAGCAAAGGCAGCCACUUCAACGACCUCGAGGAUGUGCUUGGUAGCGUGAAUAUCACCAUCGACACCUCCAAGCCAAUCAAGAACAUCAAGAUCAUGCACGGCGGCGUCAUCGACGGAAUCGAAGUCAAGUACUACAAGUCCUCGUCUGGCGGUACGCAGACUGUGCACCACGGCACUUCUUCGGACUGCGACGAUAGCAGCCUCCACAAAAGUGACAUCCCUAUUGGUGAUACCGAAUCUAUCAUUGCCAUCUCCGGAAAAUCCGGCAGCUCUUCCUGGGGGAUUCGUGUCACUCAGCUCAGCUUCGCCAUCUACGACAGCAAGACCGGAAAUUUGCGCAUCUCAGGCCCCUAUGGCAAUAGCGGCUCUGGGACGGCCUUCCGCGUCACUGCUAAUGGAAACUUCAUUGCUCUCGGUGGCUUUGCAAUCAACACUGAUUCCAGCUUGGAUCAACUCAAAAAGGCGGGUCAAGACGGCGGGCUUUAUGGGCUUGUCUUCGAUGAGGUUGACUACCGCGCGGUUUGA